GAGUAAUUACUGGGUGUACGAGUGUGUCUUGGGUACUGCUGGUUCUGUAGCCGAUCAUUAGCGCCCUGCCUUUGGAGCAAGUUGCACACUAAACACGGAAACGUACACUCCCAAGCCCACCGCAGAGGAGUGAUUUGAAGGAACUGCUGAAGAACCCAGUCGUGUGGGGGGGAGAGACAAGGCGAAGCCGUCAAGAUGUGUGACAUGGGGGGAUUGGAUAACUUGGUGGCCAACACGGCCUACCUGAAAGCCCAGGGUGGCGAUGACAAGGAGAUGAAAAAGCGUCGCCGGAGUCUGUCGUUGCCCCCGCCCGAGAAGUGUGCCGCCAUCCGGACAACUUUGGAUAAGAACUUUGAGUCGCUCUGUGAAAGACAGCCGAUCGGCAAAAAGUUCUUCCGGCAGUUUCUGGCUGCUACGCCCGAGUACAUCAAUGCUGCUGAAUUCCUGGAUGAGCUGAAUGACUGGGAUCUGGCUGAAGGUGCGGACAAGGAAAAGCAGAAGGCAAACAUGAUGAAUAAGUUCUGCAAGCCUGACUCCAAGAACUUCCUAACCUACCUCUCCGGGGAUGUGGCCGAGAAGUGUAAAGCAGUGACCGACAAGGAUUUUGACGAAGUGAUGAACAUCAAGGUGAAAGAGGCCACCUUGGACUUUCUGAAAGGCAAGCCCUUCACGGAUUACCAAACUAGCCUCUUCUUUGACAAAUUCCUGCAGUGGAAGGAGUACGAGAAGCAGCCCAUCUCUGAUAAAACCUUCUAUGAGUUCAGAACUCUAGGCAAGGGAGGUUUCGGAGAGGUCUGCGCCGUACAGGUGAAGAAUACAGGCCAGAUGUACGCCUGCAAGAAGCUGUGCAAGAAGCGCCUGAAGAAGAAACACGGCGAGAAGAUGGCCCUGCUGGAGAAGCAGAUCCUGGAGAAGGUCAACAGCCUGUUCCUUGUCAACCUGGCCUACGCCUAUGACACCAAGACCCACCUGUGCCUCGUCAUGACCCUGAUGAACGGUGGCGACCUCCGAUAUCACAUCUAUUAUGUCAGUGAGAAGACCAAGGGCAUCGAGAUGCCCCGCAUCAUCUACUACACGGCACAGAUCUGCACGGGCCUUAUUCACCUGCACGAAAUGGACAUCAUAUACCGUGACAUGAAGCCAGAGAAUGUGCUACUGGACAGCUUUGGCCAGUGUCGACUAUCUGAUCUGGGUCUCGCUGUGGAGCUACCGGCUGGAAAAACCAUCUGCCAGAAGGCUGGAACCGGAGCAUACAUGGCCCCAGAGAUCCUGAAUGAGGUUCCCUACAGGACGUCCGUGGAUUGGUGGGCUCUGGGCUGCAGCAUCUACGAAAUGGUGGCCGCUUACACCCCAUUCAAAGGUCCCGAAUCUGGAAAGCAGAAGGUGGAAAAAGAGGAGGUGCAGCGUCGUAUUCGCUCUGAGGAACCCAAGUGGGAGCACAAGAACUUUGAUGCCCCCACCAAGACCAUCAUCCAGGAGUUCCUCAAGAAGAACAUCGAUGAACGCCUGGGUUGCAAGGGAGGAGGCGAGGACCCCCGAAAGCACGAGUGGUUCAAGUCCAUCAAUUUCCCUCGUCUGGAGGCUGGAUUGAUCGAUCCCCCUUGGGUUCCCAAGCCCAACGUGGUCUACGCCAAGGACACUGGCGACAUCGCCGAAUUCUCCGAGAUCAAGGGCAUCGUGUUCGACGCCAACGACGAGAAGUUCUUCAAGGAGAUCGCCACCGGCGCCGUGGCCAUCCAGUGGCAAGACGAGAUGAUCACGACAGGACUGUUUGACGAGCUAAACGACCCCAACAGGAAAGAAUCUGCCGGGGGUGGAGACGGGGAAGGGAAGUCAGGCACGUGCACGUUGUUGUGAGCUGCCGAUGGGUACGCACGCCUUCUGCACGUCGCCAACACACCAGCCGAUUCGGUAAAAUUAUGUUAAAAUUACUACAGAAAAAAAAUAUGAUUUAACAAAAUGCAUUCUUUUAUGAAAGGGAGGAGGGCAGCAUGAGAGACCGAGGUGUGUCCUAUUUUUUGUGACGGACCGAAGGUUUCCUAAACUUCGGGGCAGCGGAAAAAAGGCGGCUUUACCAAGAUUGGUGUCGUCUAUUCAGAUUGCAGCUACUCCCAUGUUUCUUAAGAUGAUAUAGUGCUCUCCUGGCACUAAACAAAUAUAUAAUAAAAUAAUUUUGUGGAUACACAAUAUCAUAUUGUUAAUGGGGAUACAUUCAGGCAUGCACCAGAAAGAUGAGUGGAUGUAACCUGCAUUGCUAGCCUUUGGCCUCAAACAAGCAUUGGCAACAAUGCAGAACCACAUGCUGAAUGUAUAAGUUCAGGAACAUACACCAACCCUCCCCCUUUAUAUUCCAUAUGGAAGUAGUAAAAAUCUAACAAAAUAAUUAAAAAUUCCACUAAUAAAUGUUUUUUCAAAAGCAAUGUUGUAGAGGUAACUUUCAACCUUCAGUGACUCUUCACCUUUAAACCCUGUGAAGUUGAUCACUAGAUCCCAAGCAGUUGGACUCCUGUUCAGUGUCUCUAGUUUUAUUUUAAAACAGUGUUGUAUAUUAAUAUUAAUAUGUAUAUCUAUGCACUGAAAGGGGACCCAUCCACAGAUUAGGUGCUAGUCAACUCUCGUGUACUUUGAAGGUUCUACGCCCAGUUCUGUCAGGGAAAGGGAAUAGAAAAUAAGCUGUUGGACUCUAUUUGAAGGUUGAAUAUUGAGACGAGUUUGUAUAGCAAGGCCAAUGUGUUCCUGUACCAGGAAUAUAUUGACCCCACAAAAUAAGAUAUCAUUUUUAGCUAUCUUCUUUCCUGAGAUAUGUGUAAGCAAAUGUAACUGGAAAAUUGCUUCCAUCUGUCUGACAUUCGAGUGGUGUGUACAAAUCUCAAGUUAGAAUCUAGUUAGUUAACUUUUAAAACUUUUAACAAAAAAAAUCCCCUUUCCCUUGAUUUUUGUCACAGAGCUAAGAUUUAUUUCAUAUACAUUUAAACUGACAUCCAGCUCUUGGCCAGUGUUAUAUUUUUACAGAAAAUAUAUUAAAUAUACUAUAUAAAUAUGUUAAAUGAACAUCAAAUAUAAAUAUGAUAAAUAUACUGUACAGGUUAAAGGUUUGGACAC